CGGCACUUCUCAGGGUGGUGGAGGGUGAUGGCAGUGGAGGGGACAGGCCAGGCUGCCAGCAGGUGGGCUGAUGCUGGCCAGGCCCCUCUGCACAGGUUGUCCCCCAGGACCAUGCUGAACGUGCUGCUGCUGUGCUGUGGGCUGCUGCAGGGGAUCCAAGCUGUCCUGGAUCUCAGGACUGCUGACCUCAGCUGUGGCCACCUGCAGAAGGCGAGCAGCGGGCUGGAGCGGGUGGACAGAGCCCACCACACCAGCCUGCAGCGGAAAGUCAAGGAGGUGUCUGUGGAGCCGGCAGGAGCUCUCCCAAGACUGGGGUUUGAGCAGAUGGCCCUGGGGGUCCAAGAAACUGAUGGUGACCUUGUGCAGAGAGGCAGCCUGCUGGAACCACAGGCAUCAUCCACAGAACUGCAAGCUGAGAGCCGUGAGGAGCGCUCCCCCCGUCGCUGUGUCCGUCUUCUGGAGUCCUGCCUUGGCCAUCAGAUCCCCUGCUGUGACCCUUGUGCCACCUGCUACUGCCGCUUCUUCAAUGCCUUUUGCUACUGCAGGAAAAUCAGUACCAACUUCCCCUGUGGCAAGAACUAG